AUGUUGCUUUCUCACCAUCCUCAACAACAGAACAAAAUUACGGAGACCUCCAACAAGUCUAAAGAACAGGAAUUGGAAUAUUAUAAUUUAGAGCAAGAAUCCAGGUCAUGGAUUCAAGAGUUCGAUGCUAAAUCAAUCGGAGCGACAUUGUUUGACAAAAACCAUUCCGAUACUUUGGACUAUCCUUCUCUUCAUAAAUUAUUUACUCAUUUUGAUGAGCGUCUUCUUUCUAAUUUAACUUUGAAUACUAUGGAAUAUUCAGUAUUUGGGCUUGUUUCUACAUGUCUGAAUUUUAAACAUGCCAACAAACAAGUAUUUGUCAUACUUUUGAAAUUAGUAGAUAUUCUGACUUCGAAACACAAAAAAGUUCUUGACUCACUACUGUCCUCAAAUUCUGAUAGUUUGAAAAAUGUUAAUUUUUUAAAGUUUUUAUUUAUUUAUGAAACAGUCCUUAGAGAUGUCUAUUCAUCCAAUACCUAUGGCUGGGAAAAAGAUAAAGAUGCGUCAUCUCUACUUGAACAAAUCUCGCAAGAAUUCAUUGCCCAUAAAUUGAAUUCUAAAAACAACGAAGGCUUAGAGACCUCACAGCAAGAAACAGAUUUAAGAAAAAUUAUUUCUGUGGCCUUAUCACUCAAUGAAAUUUUCUCUGCCGUUUUUACAGCCAAUCUAAGCGAAUCCUCAAUUUUAGAAAUGAUUGAAUCCUUGAAUAGAAUCUCGGCUCAUAUACUCUCCAGUCAUCAUGCACACAAAUUUGAUUGGGCUUUUCGAACGUAUCUCAACAUUUCUUCGCGUGUCCUUAAUCUUACAUCUAUAAUUUUACGUCAAUCCUCCAUGAGUAUUGUGUUUACCGCUAUGUUUGUCAAGAAAAUGAUUUAUUUGAAAGAAAACUUUUUAAAAUUAUCACAAACACCACAUUUCCUAUUGUUCAAACAAAGAAUGGACGAACAACUUGUACACAUGGAUGAUAUCAUUUAUCAGUAUCUCAAAAACACCAAUGGUGGAAUUUCCAAGUCGUUGAUUGAUACAGAUAUGAAUAAUUACGGGUUAAUCGUGUCUAAUACUCUGUCAUUUAAAUGCCAAUUUCUGAAAGCAAACAUUGGAGACAAUGUUUCCUAUUUGUUUAAAACACUAGUUUCUAUUUCUAGAGAAAAUCCUUCUUCAUUGAUCCAUUCUAUGAAUCUCAUUUACAAAGCAUUUGAACAUGAAGUGAAUCACAAUACAUUUCUAACAGAAUCAACAAAUCUAUACAUCAAAACUAAACAAGCUUUCAUGUUUAGUAUUAUUUGGUUGAUAUUUCUCGAGUACAACAAGGGAAAUAUUCAACAAGAAGAUUUCUUCUCAUUGCUGGAAACCUUGUUGAGAAUUCUUCAUGAUUUUGAUAUCUACAAAACAGCAUCAGAAAAUUCAGUUCCAUACAAGUUUUUAGAAGGCCUGGUAAAUCGGGUAUUUAGAAAUAUUUUAAUAUUUGAAUUAGAUUCGUUAACAACCUCCCAAGUGAAGCAAAUAAUGACUUGCUUGAGAAGAGUCAUCAUUACGGACUACAGAAUCAUUGAAGGCUAUUAUUCCUAUAUCUGGAAAAUGGUUUUGAAAAUUCAACAAAGAGAUAUUGAAGCGUUCCAUUUAAGCGAGUUCAUGGGGGAUAUGUUGAGCAUAUUUGUGCACUUUGCAAAAGGAAAACAAGCCUUUGAUGAUUUAUUCUCUGCCAUCGAUAUGAUCCAUCAGUCGUUUAGAAAUAGUAUUAAGAGUCUGGUUCAAAAUAUUGCACCAACAGAUAUUGUGAUCUAUUUCAACUAUUUGAUUGAUCUAGUGAACCAGAGAUUAGAUGAAUAUGGAGAACAGGAAGCGAAAAGACUUUUGGUGGUAUUACUCUUUCCCUUAACAUCUUUUGGGUUUUAUGUUACUCUCAACGAAUCGAAUUACAAAAAGUUGCAAAAGCUAGCAAAACAAUGUUGCACAAAGAUCGUCAAGAGGUUAAUGAAUCUCGGAAUGAGUGAGCAAAAUCAAGCCGCAGUCAUUCAGCUCUAUUAUUCUAUGAGUAAUAUCAUUUAUAGAUCAGAGGAAUUCUCAUCCGAUGUAUUUUCAAUGAAAGAUAUUAACAAUCACAACGGAGAAGACUAUGUCAUCAACUAUUAUGAUGGAACUGGACUCACUAUGAAUUCUUUCAUCAAUGGUAAACCAUUUAAGGACGUUUUUCAAACGCUGAGCUUCAAGAACAAGGGAAUUUAUUGCUAUAUCAUCUUUAGACGAAUGAUGUCCAUCAAUCAGCAAGUGAAUAUCAGAAAACAUAACUUGAUCACCUCAAAUCAAGAAUUAUAUUCCUAUGAAACUCAAGAAAGCAAGACAGAACAAGAAUUAUUGACACAAAAUUUCCAAAUCUAUUUUGAUUUUAUUCAAAACGAAUUGAAUUCAUAUAUGCAUUUACACAAAUUUAAAGAUGAAGAUUUCUCCCACGAAGAAAUUUCAAGCUAUGAUUGGGGCGGGUUUAUUGAAUCUAUCGACAAUGAGAAGAAAUAUCUCUCCAUGUUGUGUUAUAUGAGAAAUUUGAGUCAAUUUAUGUUAACUCAACUCAUUAAUGCCAUUAGGAUCAAAGGAAACUCUUUUAAAUUAUUACCCUAUUCUCUUGAAAGGGUGACUCUCGAUUUAUGGAAAGAUGACAUGUUGUUUGAGCAACGAGAUGUUCAAGACUCUUUUGAAGAGUUCUUGUACAAUGAAGUGAAAAAGUCUAUCAAGUAUGCUUCAACCAUGUUGUUUGGCGAGUUGAAAUGGGCUAAAAAGGUCAAGUCCAUUAUCAAAAAAGCAACUUUGGAAAUUGAUCUAUCCGAUUGCAGAAAAGUGGAAAAGAAAAUUCAUUCCUUGAUGAAGUAUGUGGAUUCCAAAAUAUUCCAAUCCUCUUCAGAAGAUUCCCUCGAUAUGAAUUUAUUUUCUUCAUUCCAAACACAGUUCACCUAUUCUCAAACCAUUCAAAAUUGGAAUGAAUAUCUUUGCCCAUUUAUCAACUUGAUACCAUUAUUCCCAUUCAAAUACUUUUCAUCGAGAUUUGCCAUGUCCAUGUUCUGCAUGUUAUUAUGCUAUGAUGUAAUCAUUAAUUGUGAUAUUGCUAGUUCGAAUACCAGCAAGAACUUUACAGAUUGUACUUUUCCAUUAUUUGGAUCCAAUCGAAUCAAAUUUAUUGCAUCUCUUAGACAUGUUCAAUUAUUACUCUUGAAAACAUUACCUGAAGAGAACGUUAGAGAGAUGAUUCAAAUAGGUUCUCCAUUGUUAUUGAGAUAUUACAUUCGAACAUGUUCCGCUACAUCCAAAACCAUUGCCAAUGACUACUCUGAAUUGUUGAAUUCUUAUACUGCAGAGGUGUUAAGAAUAUUAUUUAAGAGUCUUCUCAAAGGAAAUUCAACAAUGCAUGAACACGAUCUUUCACACUCAAUUCUUUCAACACUCUUACAUGUUGAUGUAUUGAAGAAUCAUGAUUUGACGACAAAGAUGCUGCAUGUACGAUUUACGAACACGUUAUUGAGUGCAUUGUUCUCUCAAUUACGAGUCAUAGAACCACGCAGUGAUGAAUCUUUUGAUCAUGAAGAUGAGAUGAAUGAAACAUGUUAUGCAUUGUUGUUCCAAAAUUCAUUACUGGGAAAAACAUUGAACAUUUACGAAUUUGAACAUGAACUAGUAGAAUAUUCAACACAGAAUAAGAGAAACAUCUCUAUGGAGAUGUUUGAGAAUGUGAUUCUAUUCGCAAAGAUUUUAUUGGUUACUUCACAUAGUUCAAAAGGUUUGCCCUCUUCCAAUUUAUUGAACACUCAAGAAUUGAUGAGAAAUCUCUAUGAGUGUAUGAGUUGCUUCCUUGAUUCAAGUCAAGUUGCUACAACACUAAUGCACACUUCAUCAUUAACAGAAUUGAUCGAACUAGUUACACUGUAUGGUCCAAGUCUUGGCGAAGAUUCAUGUUCCACCACUCAGUGUCCAAUUCCACCUAGUUCCUUGUUUGUGAAAAUUGUCAAAUUCAUUCAAGAUCAUAUUGCAUCAACACUUCACAAACCACUUGAUGAUACUGUAUCAUCACUUCAUAACAAAAAGAUUGGAACCAAGAGCGAAGGAGAAAGAAUACUCUCAAUGAUGGUAUCCUCUCUAUCACAGCCACAAAUAGAUUUCCUUAUCCGUCUACAUUUAGAUCAAUUGAAUGAAUUCAAUCAACAUUAUUCAAUGCCAACCAUAACAGUACAAAACGCAUCUCAUCACCAAAAACAAGUUCAGACCAAUGUGGCAAAAUUAGAGAAUAUUAUUUCAUCUCUUCACAUUUGUUUAGAGUCCAUUCACAAGAAAGAGCUACUCUUCUAUUUGUGCAAUAUUAUUGAAUCUCUUAAAUUUAGCACGAGAUCUUAUCUAUUCAAUUCGGUUCCAGUUUCCAAUCAUUCUUCAUUGAAUAAGGAAUAUUGGCAAAUCAAUGCAUCGAUUCAAUCCAUGGUUGUGAAGCUAUUGAAACUUGUUUCAUUUAUUACUAAUGAGAUGAGAACAAGUCAAAUUGAAAUUCCCAAGUCAUCGAUUGAUGUACUCAUUUCACUCGUUUCAGACGUUGCAGUUUCAUCAAGUAUUUUCACAUAUUCCUCAAUUGAUGUUGCAAGUAGAGGAAAGAAUAUUUUGGAACUUGCUAAACUUUCCUAUUCUGAUUUGAAUGUCAUGAAAUUAGAUCCAAAUAUUGUCAUUAUACUCUCAGAGAUUUUGGAAACUCUUGUCAAACACAACAUUUUAAAUGUCUCAAAAAUUAGUUGUGUUCAAACUUUAUUGAAUUGUAUCAUGAACAUGAUGUUUGUGAGAGUUGUUGUAUUUGAUUCAUUAUUAGAAAGCAAAGAUAAUCAAAUUCUUUCACUCUCUUCAUGUACACAAUGUGCUGAGGCUAUUGGUGCUGUGUAUCAUUGCAUUUCUAAAUUGGUGAGCUGGGAUGAAUUUAAAGCACAUAUUGUUUUUGAAUUUAUUUCAACAUUUUCAGCGAUUAAUGAACUUGUUGGAUUUGAAGACAAUAAUGAUGAUCGCUCGACAACAACGAAACAUCAUCAUCACGAUGGACAGCAAUUCAUCUCUAAAUUAUUGGCAAGCAACAAGAAGAAAAUUUUAGAUCAUUUAAUUAAGAAUGGAAUUUUCGUUUUACUUUCAUCCAAUGUUGUUAAAUUUAAGAUUAGCAAUUGGAUUCAAGAGUCUUCCAAGAUACAGACACUCCAACAUCUCUUUACCCACAUUUUGCAGUACCAUGCUACAGAGAUGGGUUUCUAG